AUGGUAAUUUAUCUCAGAGAUAAAAGAUAUUACGGAUACGGGUAUGAAUCUCCGUACGUGCAACAAAGUGGAUACGGUGCUGAGAAUGCACCUGUUGAUGAACUAAAUUAUCCGGUGCAUCAAGUGUGUCCAGAUUACGGAUACGGGUAUGAAUCUCUGUACGUGCAACAAAGUGGAUACGGUGCUGAGAAUGCACCUGUUGAUGAACCAUAUUACCCGUCGCAGCCAUCGUAUCCGGGUUAUGGGGUAUACGGGGACGAAGGUGGAUACGGAAGUUACAGUGGAUACGGUGGUGAUGGUGGAUACGAGGGUGAAGGUGGUUACAGUGGAUAUGGGGGCUACGGUGGAUACGAUAGAUAUGGGGGUGACGGUGGUUACAGUGUAUACGACAGAUCUAGGGAUGAAGUUGGAUAUGGUUAUGAGUCCCGUAACACAUCACUUUAUGAACCAUCUACCCCGAGCAAUCCAUUUCAAGUAAAUGAGCGUUUCAUGUCUCUAACUGAUUUGAAGAAUUGGGUACAAGAAACGGGAAAGGAUAAUGGUUACGUAAUUGUUACCCGCCGAUCAAAAAAUAUUGGCGGUACUACUGGGAUGGUAUGGCUUGUGUGCGACCGUAGUGGUGAACACCGUAGUAAAGCAACAGUUAGGAAAGCUGGUAGCAAAAAAAUCGGCUGCCCGUUUUCAUUACUCGCCAUCCGGGACGUGACGAACGACACGUGGGAGUUAAAAGUGGACUGUGCGAACCAUAACCACGAACCUACGACGAGUCUGUUGGGCCACGCUUUUGUGCGAAGAUUCACUAAAGCCGAAUACAAGCUAGUGGAGCAGCUAACUGCUCAAAACAUGGAGCCACGUAUCAUAUUUCAAACCCUAAGAAAGCAGUUCCCCGACAGCCUGCACGUUCAGAAAGACGUGCAAAAUGCGGUACAAAAAAUUAGAGCGACAAUAAUGGACGGAAAGAAUCCUAUUCAGGCACUGGAAAGCCUGCUGCAUGACCGCCGAUUCAUUUACGACACCCGACAAGAUCCCAAAACAGAUGUCGUAACAGAGAUUUUCUUUGUUCAUCCUUAUUCAAUCACUAUGUGGCAUGCAUUCCCGCACGUGAUGUUGAUCGACGCGACCUACAAAACAAACCUCUACAACAUGCCAUUUGUCCAGGUUGUGGGUAUGACGUCGACUGGGAAGUCUUUUUGUAUCGCACAUGCCGUUAUUUGUAAAGAACGAAGGGGUAACUACGUGUGGGUGCUUGAGCGGAUCAAGUCAAUAUUGCAUGAAUGUAUGAUGCCGCGUGUGAUAGUCACGGAUAGGGAGCUUGCCCUGAUAAACGCGUGUUCUAAAGUAUUCCCGAACGCAAAAAGGCUUCUAUGCCACUUUCACAUCCAACAAAAUAUAGCUAGAAAGUGCAAGGAAGGGUUCGAUAAAGAAGAUUGGGGGAAAUUUAUGUCGUACUGGCGGACAUUGUGCGAAUCUUCAUCAGAGCCCAUGUACAAGUACAACUUGGAGAAAAUGUAUAACCGACUCGUGGUUGCCAACCGAGAAAGUGUCUAUGAUUACGUCUACGAAAACUGGCUCAAAGACUAUAAAGAAAUGUUCGUUUAUGCGUGGACCGAUAAGUGUCGCAACUUUGGUCAGCGCACCACCAACAGAGUUGAGAGCCAGCACGCAAAUUUAAAAAGAUACAUUACGCGCGGGAGUUCAUUGGAGCGAAUAGCAAGAUGCAUCAUUGAUAUAGUUGAAACUCAGUAUGAUGAAAUACAAAAAAGUUUCACUGAGAGCAUCGAAAAAACGAUGAACCACCAUAGACACCGAAUGUUGGACAACCUACGUGGAAAGGUUUCCCAUGAAGCACUUGAUUUGCUGGAAAAAGAGCUACUGAGGAAGAUGGAUGUGUUGCGGAAACUUAACGCAUCAUGUGGUUGCCAUAUGUGGCUUAGCAAAGGAUUGCCGUGUGCUUGUAGACUGGAAAACUACAACCGUACAGGGCGUAUAAUACAACUCGAUGAGAUAGAUGUAUUCUGGCGUAAGCUUGACUUGCUCCCUUGUAAACUGGUAGACGAGGAGGUCGAUAUUGUAGCAGAGCUCAAUAAUGUGCGGCAACAUUUAGAGGCGCAGUCCCCCGUUCAGCAAAAGAGUAUGCUUUCAAAGAUAAAAGCGGUUUUCACCCCGAAAUUAGACUCCACGUGCUAA